UACCUUUUUGGAUUCAUGUCAUAGUUAGUUUGUAUAUUUCAGCUAAUAAAAACGUAUUUUAGAACCUAAAAAACCAUGCACCAUUACAUCUAACAAAAGUGAAUUUGACCAUACUAGCUGAAAACGUUUUUGCUCACUCAUCAGUUCUCGGACAUGUCUAACGGUUCAAACAAAUGAGUCCGCUGGUUGAUGACUCGAAAACUGCUCGGACCCAUUCCGAUUUGGAAGCGAAUCAUUUUUAAUAAGGGACUCCAGAAGAUUCAAUGAAAAGAUUAGAAUCGCAAGAAUGAUUCGUUCACGAAUCGGACAACGAUGGAACUCGACCAGGAUGUCUGCCGGCAGAAUCGUAGCCAUUAAUAGAUGACUGGAAUCUAGACCGAUAUUAAUAAUGGCUGGCUUACAACCUCAGGAUGAUCUUUUGAAAAUGUCCCACAGGGAAAGCUGGAAUAACUCCAGGAUGCAGCACGAGAGGUUGCACGUGAAGCACAGAGGUCAUGAGGCCAUGCAUGCCGAGAUGGUUCUGAUUCUCAUCGCCACGCUAGUGGUUGCUCAGAUUGUCCUGGUUCAGUGGAAACAAAGACAUUGCAGAUCUUACAAUAUGGUCACACUGUUGCAAAUGUGGGUGGUUCCUCUGUACUUCACCAUUAAGCUAUACUGGUGGCGUUUCCUGUCUACGUGGGGAAUGUUCUCUGUUAUAACCAGCUAUGUCAUAUUCAGAGCCACACGCAAGCCGCUUUCCUGCAGAACACCACGGAUGGUGUAUAAGUGGUUCCUCCUCAUUUACAAGUUGAGCUACGCUGUGGGUGUGAUCGGAUAUCUCGCCAUCAUGUUUACCAUGUUUGGAUUCAAUGUUUUUUUCAGGAUUAAAGCAGAGGAUUCAAUGGAUGUGGGUGUGAUUAUGCUUUUUUACGGUCUGUACUAUGGGGUAAUGGGACGUGACUUUGCUGAAAUCUGCUCAGAUUACAUGGCAUCCACAAUAGGGUACUAUAACAUGGGUGGUAUGCCGUCCCGAAACCUUAGUAAUGAUGUAUGUGCCGUGUGUGGUCAGAGGAUUUUUGUGGAUGUUGAUGAGGAAGGCAUCAUUGAGGACACCUACCAGCUCUCCUGUAACCACAUAUUUCAUGAAUUCUGUAUUCGUGGCUGGUGCAUCGUGGGAAAAAAGCAGACGUGUCCAUACUGCAAUGAGAAGGUGGACCUCAAACGGAUGAUGAAUAACCCCUGGGAGAGAACACAUGUUUUAUAUGGACAACUUCUGGAUUGGUUGAGAUACCUGGUGGCCUGGCAACCCAUCAUAAUCGGAAUCGUGCACGGAAUAAAUUUUUCACUUGGACUUGAAUAAACACCUACAGUAUUUGACGCUGUUUAAAACUGUGCAUGUGUUGACCUUUUGCAUAUUUAUUUGUAAAUUUGACAUCUACAGUUUAUAAAUUAAAACAAACAGCCUCUUUUCUGUUUAAUUUAUUAUAUACACAGAUACAGACUCAGACACACAAAUCUUUCAAAAGUGACCUAUGAUGAUACAACAAAGACAUACAGAAGCCCAUCAAGCUGCUGUCUAUCACUCCUAAUCAAAACUGUGCCUCAUUUUGUCUGUCUGUUUAACAGUUUAACAUUGUACUGGUGUAUUUUCUGUAGGUGUGGAUAUUGAAUGGUUAUGUUUUAAUUUGGGUAAUAUGAUGAGGGGUAAGGAGGAGUGAUCGCCAAAUCAGUAUUUUUUUUUUGUUUUGUUUUGUUUUAUGUUGAGCUGGCCAAACUGUCAAAAUACAGGAAGUGACCCGCUCUGUGAAAAAUAAACCAUUUUUAUGUGGCUACUGAUGUGACUGGAGUCUGUAUAAGUUUGCAAAGAUUAGGAAAUUAGGGUGUGUAUUAUUAGUUUAUUCAAAAAAUUUAGGCUGAAUUUAGAUUUGAAUUAAUCAUUAAUCAUUCAACUAUAUGAAAAUGACUCUGUUCAAAAGUUUACAUACACUUAAUACUGUGUUGUUACCUAAAUGAUCCACACCUGUUUUUUUUUUUGUUCACUGAUAGUUGUUCAUGAGUUUCUUGUUUGUCCUGAACUGUUAAACUGCCUGCUGUUCUUUAGAAAAAUAAAAAAAAUUUUUUGCUUUUUCUGUGUGUAUUUCAACCCUUUCCAACAAUGAAUAUAUGAUUUUGAUAUUUAUCUUUUCACACUGAGGACAACUGAGCAACUCAUAUGCAACUAUUCCAUAAAAUUUAAAUGCUCACUGAUGCUCAUGAAGGAAAAAUAAUGCAUUACGAGCUGGUUUAAGAACAGAACUUCUUAAGAACAGCGGGAAGUUUAACUGUUCAGGACAAACAACGGACCCAUGAAUAACUAUCACUAAACAAAAAAAAAAAAGUGGAUUGUUCAGGUAACAACACAGAAUCAAGUGUAUGUAAACUUUUGAACAGGCUCAUUUUUAUAGAUUUUCUCAUGUGGACUAAAUGUCUUUUAUGUGAAAUAUCUUAUUCAGGUCAGUGCUACCUAAAAAUAGCAUGCAUUUUGUAUGAUCCCUCUUACUUUGGUAAAAUAACAUUUAGCAGAUUCUGCAAGGUGUAUGUAAACUUUUGACCUCAACUGUAUAUAUAACAUCACAGCUGUUUUGUACAUUGAUGAUAAGAUAUUUUUAAGCAGCAAAUCAGCAUAUCAGAAUGAUUUCUAAAGGAUCAUGUGACACUGAAGACUGGAGUAAUGAUGCUGAAAAUUAAGCUUUGCAUCACAGAAAUAAAUUAAUUUUAAAAUAUAUUAAAAUAGAAAACAUCUAUUUUCUUGACCUGUUGUUCAGUAGUUUUUCAUUUAAAUAUCUGUUUUAAAGUGACAAUAAAAUUGUUGCAAAUAAAAACUAGCAUUUGCAUUUCAUCUAAAACAAUACAGGACAAGCUUUUCCAAAGUCACUUUUUAAUGCGCUGUACAUUAGCAUGAUAAUGAUAUGGUGUGAUAGCGAUAUUAAUAAAAAAUCAACACAGUCCAAGCAGUAUUUUUGUUGUACGUCGUAAACAGGCACACAUCAACUAGAUAAACUAAAUUCAAUUAAAUAUUCUACUGAAACCAUUUUCAUCAAUAAAGUCAAAACAAUGAUAAACAUUGCAAGGAUGUUAAGGCUGAUUUUUUUUUUUUUUUUUUUUUUUUUUUGUA